AUCCUCAGCACCGCAUGCCCUCUCUCUCUGUCAUUUUGGAUCGUUGCUCGUCUCUCUGUGCAUCGUUAGGUUUGCAGUCAACUUUGAGUUCGAAUUCGAAAUUUCAAGCUGAAACCCUAGCAUCUUUUGCACUCUUCUCUGUCCUGCCUUCCACGCUCAACAGGUCAAACUAGCGCUGCCGCCGAGUCAAAAUAAUGCCGAAGGUGAAGACAAACCGUGUCAAAUAUCCCGAGGGUUGGGAAUUGAUAGAACCUACUCUUCGUGAACUACAAGCAAAGAUGAGAGAAGCUGAGAAUGAUCCGCAUGAUGGCAAAAGGAAAUGUGAGGCAUUGUGGCCUAUUUUCAAAAUAGCACAUCAGAAAAGUCGCUAUAUUUUUGACCUGUAUCACCGGAGGAGGGAAAUAUCCAAAGAAUUGUAUGAGUUCUGCUUGGAGCAAGGUUAUGCAGACCACAAUCUGAUUGCAAAGUGGAAGAAGCCUGGUUAUGAACGUCUCUGCUGCUUAAGAUGCAUGCAACCGAGGGAUCACAACUUCCAAACAACAUGCGUUUGCCGAGUCCCAAAGCAUCUGAGGGAGGAGAAGGUAAUAGAGUGCGUUCAUUGUGGUUGUAAGGGCUGUGCAAGUGGUGACUGAACAGUCUUCUUCUACCCAGUGUAUAACAUAGAUCUCAUGACUGUUAUGUUUCUAUUCUUGCACAACCAAGGUUUGAAUUAUCUGAGCCAAAGCUGGUACUUUAAAAAGCUGGCCUUGACCUUUGUUAUGAUUAUGAUUUUCUGAACGUGUAUGAAAAUCUUUGACUGAGACUUUCAAGUUUACCCUUUGGCUGGAUUUGUUAUACUUCUCCAUCAAAUAGCUUGUUGGAAUGUAA